AUGACUGAUACACUCACCGAUGAUGAUAUAACUGAAGUUCGAUCAUCAUCGAAUAGAACAACAACUACGAGUUCGUCGACAACAACUCGCCGACCAAUGUAUAUUGAAACCGAAGCACGAACUGAUUCAGUAGUAACUCGUCGAAUGGCAUCGGCUGCUGCUAAUCGAAGCGUACAAGAAGUACUCGAAAGUACUAAAUCACCUACUCAUGAUCUCCAAUCGACAAGUUAUACAUAUGCUCAUAGCAAUGCCUAUGCACCUACAUUACAAACAACUACAUACGAGAUUCCCGUCAUGGCUCGUCGUAGUUUACAUAAUGAAGAUCAAAAUCGUACAGCAUCAUUACUCUCAUUACCGUGUCAUCUAUUUUGUACCGUUCGAUCACAAUUAGCCAAUGGCUAUGGUGCUGUUUGCGAUCGUGUAUGUCAACUUACUGGUGGUCAUCAACAAGCAUCAACACCAGAUUCACCAACAAGUGAAGGGACAAUCGGUGGUACAAGAUUUAUUCGUACAUCAUCUCAAUCAUCAGCAUCAGGUAGUCGAGCAACAGGCUAUAAUCUUCGUUCACGUCCAGUUCAUUCAACACCACACGAUAAUGAGAGUGAACAACAACAUCAACAACGUAAAGCAACAAAACACCGAAAAGAUCAUCACGAUGAUGGUAGCUGUAAACAUUUAAGGAAUUGCUGUAAAACAACUGUUUGUUGCUUAAAAAAAGCUUUCCAUUUACCUAUUGAUAUUUUUGAUACAGUUUGGAACAAAUUCAAAGUUUUACCUUGGUGGAUACUUAUACCACUUAUUAUUUUACUUACUGUUUAUGCAUUACCUUAUUUGGCUUGUAAACCAUUUGCAAAUAAUCGAAAUUCAAAAGUGAAUACCAUUUGUCAAAAUAUUCAACAUACUACUGAUUUUACUCGUUUUCGUACAUAUAAUCUUGGCCUUCUAAAGCUUCAAAAAGUUUAUCGUUCAACAAUAAAUGUUAAAAAUUCUGUAUUAAAAUCGUUAAGCAAUUUUUGCUCUUCGACGAAAAACAAAUUACUAGGCUCGUUUCGUGGUGUUAAAAAUCGUGUUGUUGGUGUUGUUGAAACAACAACUGAUAAUGCUAAGGAAUAUUAUGAAGCCGGCCUACAAAAAGUCAAUAAACUUAUCGAAGAACUUAAACAAGAACGUGAGAAAGUUGUUGGAACACGACAUACUUUAAAACCUGAUCAAGAAAGAGAAUUCAUUCAAUUGGCUCGAAAAUUAAUCGAAGAAUAUUCAGCUGAUGAAACUGGACAAGCUGAUUAUGCAUUAGAAGCUAAUGGAGGAAAAGUUGUUGAUACACGCUGUGAAGAAUAUACAGAUGAACCUCAACAAAAAGUUGUGAAAUUUCUUGGCAUUCCUAUUGUUCAUAUGUCAAAACAACCAGAUAUAAUCAUUAAACAUGGACGUAUGCCUGGUCAAUGUUUUCCGUUUAAAGGUAAUCAUGGAAGUGUAGUUAUUCGAUUGGCUGUACCUGUUAUACCAACUGAAUUCGUACUUGAACAUCUAUCGAAAAGUAUUUCUAUCGUUGGACAUACAAAUAGUGCACCAAAUAAUUUUACAGUUUAUGCUUUGAAAGAUAAAAAUGAUAAGGAAGGUACUGUUCUUGGUCGAUAUAAUUAUGAUGCUGAAAAUGGUGCGGCACUUCAAAGAUUUAAACCUCAAAUUGCUAAUGUACCCGUUGUUGAAUAUAUUGAAGUACAAAUAACAUCAAAUUGGGGUAAUCCAGCUUAUACAUGUUUGUACAGAUUUCGAGUUCAUGGCGACAUGCAAAGUGUCACGCCAACAGCUGUUUAA